AUGGAUACUCAAUUUGAUGGACAAAUUGAGAGAAGACCUCCUCCAAGACGUUUUACUUGUGAAGGAGUAUUAGAACAAGUAAACAGACUCCCACCCCAUCUCCUAGGAAAUCAUGAGCUCUUUGGUGGUGUAAAGCGUAGGCGAGUUUCAGAAAAUCAUAAUUGGCGGAGAAAAAGCAUCUUCCACGAGCUUGACUAUUGGUGUUCAAAUAUUCUUAAACACAAUAUUGAUGUCAUGCAUGUUGAGAAGAAUGUUUGUGAUAGUUUAUUGGGCACAAUCUUGGAUAAUGAGAAAUCCAAGGACACUAUCAAUGCAAGACACGAUUUGAAGAAGCUAGGAGUCAGAAAAUCGUUGUGGAUUUAUGAAGAUGAGAGGGGGAAGUUGUUGAAACCUCAUGCACCUUACGUGCUUAAACCUGAUGACAGGAUCCAAUUUUGUAAAUUUAUUAAGGAUGUGAAAUUUCCUGAUGGCUUUUGUUCGAAUUUGAAAAAAAAAAAGCAAAUUUGUUCAAGGACUAUAAAUUUUAAAGACAUGGAGGUUGCUCAACAAGAUCUUAUUUUAAUCUUGUGUAAAAUGGAGUCCAUAUUUCCUCCUGCAUUUUUUGACAUAAUGAUUCAUUUGGUCCUUCACUUGCCUGAAGAAGCAAUUUUGGGUGGACCUGUUUUUAUGAAGUGGAUGUAUCCAUUUGAAAGAUACAUGAAAAAAUUGAAGAACUAUGUAGGAAAUAAAGCACGUCAUGAAGGGUCGAUAGCAGAAAGUUACGUUAUUGAUGAGGCUUUGACAUUUUGUUCAAUGUAUUUCAAGGGGGUUGAAACAAGGCUUAACCGUCUUGAUCGUAAUGAAGAUGAGGUUGUCCCACGAAAGCUUUCUGUGUUUCAAUCUCAAUGUCGACCCAUUACAAAAGGCAAUCUCCGGCCACUUGAUCGCGCAUCUCGUGAACAAAUAUAUGACUUGCACAAGUCUGGAUCAUUAGAGAAUGGCAAAGAGUUUCUAGCUUUAGCAUCCGGGUCUGAUCACUUAGGUACUUACUAUGAAGGUUGUAUUGUGAAUGGAGUUCGAUUUAUGGCUACCAAACAAGAUGAGAAGAGGAGCACACAAAAUAGUGGAGUGUUUGUGGCAGGAACAGAAGGUUUUAAUUAUUAUGGCACACUCACUGAAGUGCUAAAGUUAACCUUCACUGGUGUUUACUCUGUCACAUUAUUUAAGUGCAAGUGGUACAAUACAAAUCCAAGACGGAAGAAAACAAUCGUCGAGAAACUUAUCACUAGUAUUAAUGUCAGUGGUGUAUGGUAUAAAGAUGACUCAUGCAUACUUGCUAGUCAAGCAAAGCAAGUGUUUUAUCUCGAUGAUUUAUUGAGAGGGAAAAAUUGGAAAAUAGUUGAGAAUGUAAAUCAUCGACAAAUUUGGGACAUCGUGGAUGAUGACGAUAAUGUCGAAACUGAUUUGGUACACGACACGAACUCAUCCAAUUUUGUGUUAACAGUUGAUCUUGGGGAGUUAAUUUUGCUACCUAAUCAACCUCCAAUGGACAUUGGCACUGAACCAAGUUUUCAUGUCAACAAAGAUGACCGCAACAUGGACGACGAAGAUGCUACUGAAGAGUCUGACGAAGAAAUUUUAUUUGACUUCUGUGAAGAUGAUGUGAAUGAUCAUUUAGUUAAUAAUGAUAGUGAUAUGGAUGAUUAA